GGAAGGUAGCUUGGGUGAGAUGUCUGCAGGGUUGCACAGGAUGACAAGAUAAGAAAAAGUAAAAAAUCUAGAAAAGAAAACUUGUGGCUGCAAAUUGCCUGCCUCAAUUUCUUUAUACCCACUCAGCUUCAUCCAAUCUCAAAAUUCCCCCCCUCUCUCUCUCUCUCUCUUCCCAUCAUCUGUGAAGAAAUCCUUCUGGUUGCCAACAAUAAAAAAAUCCCCAGAGAUUCUCAAGCUCUUUCUUACCCAGAAAAGUGAAAACCAUAGUGGAAAAUAGAUAAAAAAAAAAUCAUAAGAUUAGUUACAAUCUAUUGCUGUUGUCUAUGGUAUUGGAGAUUUUGGGCGAGAGAGAUUGUUCAAAUUUCAAAUUUUGGGUGUCCUGGCAUUUGGGUUUUGGAAACUUUGGGUGAAAGAUUGUUCAAAGUUCAAUUUUGGGUGUUUUGGGAUUUGGUUUUUUGAAAUUUUGUGAGAGAUUGUUCAUAAUUCAAAUUUGAGUGUUUUGGGAUUUGGGGAGAUGUCAAGUGGUGGGUGUACAGUAGUGUGGUUCAGGAGAGAUCUAAGGGUAGAAGAUAACCCAGCACUGGCGGCAGGAGUUAGGGCGGGGUCAGUGGUUGCAGUGUUCAUAUGGGCACCUGAAGAGGAAGGGCACUAUUACCCUGGUAGGGUUUCUAGGUGGUGGCUGAAGCACAGUUUGGCUCACCUUGAUUCCUCCUUGAGGAGCCUUGGUACCUCUCUCAUCACCAAGAGAUCCACUGAUUCUGUGGCUGCCCUUCUUGAUGUUGUCAAGGCUACUGGAGCAACUCAGCUUUUCUUCAACCACUUAUAUGACCCCUUGUCACUUAUUAGGGAUCACAGGGCAAAGGAGGCUUUAACUGCUGAAGGUAUAGCUGUGCGUUCCUUCAACGCGGACUUGCUUUACGAACCUUGGAAAGUUCACGAUGAAGAGGGUCGCCUGUUCACAACCUUUGCAGCUUUCUGGGACAGAUGCCUUACCAUGGCUUAUGAUCCUGAGUCUCCACUUCUCCCACCUAAGAGGAUAACCUCAGGUGAGGUGUUCAGAUGCCGUCCAGAUACACUAGUACUUGAGGAUGACUCAGAGAAAGGAAGCAAUGCACUUCUUGCUCGAGCAUGGUCUCCCGGGUGGAGCAAUGCCGACAAGGCACUUACUACCUUCAUUAAUGGCCCACUUAUCGAGUACUCCAAGAACAGUAGGAAGGCCGAUAGUGCCACAACCUCAUUCCUCUCUCCCCAUUUACAUUUUGGGGAGUUAAGCGUGCGGAAGGUUUAUCAUCUUGUUCGCAUUAAGCAAGUUCUAUGGGCCAAUGAAGGGAACAAAGCCGGUGAAGAGAGUGUUAACUUGUUCCUUAAGUCUAUCGGCUUGAGGGAAUACUCAAGGUACAUAAGUUUUAAUUACCCGCAUAGCCAUGAAAGGCCUCUUCUUGGUCACUUAAAGUUUUUCCCUUGGGUAGUUGAUGAGGGAUAUUUUAAGGCGUGGAGACAAGGUAGGACUGGUUAUCCGUUGGUGGAUGCGGGCAUGAGGGAGUUGUGGGCCACUGGAUGGCUACAUGAUAGGAUACGUGUUGUGGUGUCUAGUUUCUUUGUGAAGGUUUUGCAGCUUCCAUGGAUAUGGGGAAUGAAGUAUUUCUGGGAUACCCUUCUAGAUGCAGAUCUGGAGAGUGAUGCUCUUGGGUGGCAGUAUAUCUCUGGUACUAUCCCUGAUGGCCGUGAGUUAGAUCGUAUUGACAAUCCACAGUUUGAAGGUUACAAAUUUGACCCUAACGGAGAGUACGUGCGCCGGUGGCUACCCGAGCUUGCUAGACUUCCUACUGAAUGGAUUCACCACCCUUGGAAUGCACCGGAAUCCGUACUCGAAGCUGCUGGAAUCGAGCUAGGUUCCAACUACCCUCGUCCCAUUGUAGGAAUAGACGCAGCGAAAGCCCGGUUGGAAGAAGCACUUUUGGAGAUGUGGCAACUAGAAGCAGCUUCUAGAGCUGCUCUUGAAAACGGAACAGAAGAAGGGCUGGGAGACUCUGAGUCAAUGCCCAUUGCAUUUCCACCCGACAUACAUAUGGACAUGGACCAUGAACCUAUAACUACCAACCAUAAUACAGUUAGAAGGUAUGAGGAUCAAAUGGUCCCAACAUUGACUUCUUCUUUGUUGAGGGUUGAAGAGGAAGAAUCUUCUCUGGAUAUAAGGAAUUCCGUGGACAGUAGGGCAGAAGUGCCAACAAAUAUAAAUCAAGCACCAAGGAGGGAUGUAUUUGACCAAGGAGCAGUGCACACUGUCCAAAACAAUGUAAAUUUGACACAAAAUAUUAUGGUAGGGAUACGGAAUGCAGAAGAUUCCACUGCAGAAUCUUCUAGUAGUAGGAGAGAGAGGGACGGAGGUGUAGUUCCCGUGUGGUCUCCGUCUACUUCUAGUUACUCGGAGCAGUUUGGGGGCGAAGAAAAUGGUUCCGGAACUAGUUCAUCAUUUUUGCAAAGGCAUCCACGAUCUCAUGAACUCAUGAACUGGACGCGGCUUUCUCAAACUGGGUAAUGUUUCCACAAUACAAAGACCACAAGCUGAGAGUUGGAGCAAAUGCCGCGAAACCUGAUCUUAUACUGAUUGGGAUGGUGAUCUAUGCCAUAAUACAUCGAAAUCCGCCAUUCCAGAAGACUAACAGAGUGCCAGAUACCUCAGGUGUGAACUGUUUGAGCUACACUGGACCUGCCCACGUCACGUGACCAAUAGUUAGCUUUUCCAUUGUAAAUGGACUUGGAAUUGGUGCAGGUGCAUCUCUACCCUCAUCAUGUAUCCAGUGGAAUCGUGUCUAUAGCUCUGCUGUAUAGUAGAUGUUGUUCUCGUAAGGGGAGAAAAAAAAGUCAGAUUAUAUGCUUUUUCAUGUGGUUAAAUAACAAAAUCUGCAACCAUGUUCAUGUUAUGUUCUUGGCUGAUAUACGACAAAGUGUCAUGCUACAUUCAGAUUGUUUUUAAUGUUCGUAGAGGCGAGUAUCUCUAGUUCAGACUAGUUUGUGACAGUCUUGUAGCAAAUAAUUUCCUCUUUCAUACG